AUGGGCUCCAGCGCGAGGAAAAAGGCGGAGAAGAAGAAGGACUUCCAGAAACCAAAGUACAAGGUUGGAAAGGACAAGCCCAAGGCUUCGAAUUUUACGGACACUAGCUUCAAGGCAAAGUCCAUUGUGAUGGGCCAUCAAUCCCUCUCAACCGAUGCCCCAGAUGUCGUCCAACAGUUCAAGCACACCCUGUCGCUGGCAUCAUCUUCCAGAUCAGACAAGCAGCGCCGUGAGUCUCUGGCAUAUCUAACAAGCCAGCUGUCGUCAGAGCCGCCGACCAACCCUGUGGGGACGCACGCCAUCCUCGCCAAGCUCCUGCCUCUUAUUUCUGACAGCUCGACUCCCGUUCGAGCCCAACUCUUGAAACUUCUCCGGACUCUGCCCCAGGACGAAGUCAAACACAGCAUCGAACACGCCGUCAUGUACAUCCGUGCCGGGAUGACGCACUUGUCGUCGGACAUCAGCAACGAUGCCCUCGGCGUCAUGGAGUGGCUCCUGGAAGUUGCGGACGACGAGUUGGUGACCUGCCCGGGCGGCUGGGUCAAGACGCUUAACACAUUCUGCGCCAUGAUGGGUUGGGCCGUCGCGACGUCGAAAAGUGGCUGGACAUCUGGGGCGCGCGGAACACUCAAGGCCAAAGACGCACAAACACUGGCCAGGCAAAUCGCCGCGCUCUCCAAGUUCCUCGGAGCUGGCCUCAAGAACGAGGAUGUGGGCGAGACGGGCUCGACAGAGUAUUGGGACAACCUGUACAGGAUACCUCGCGCGCCGAACGCGUUCGAUUACUUGAAUCUUUCCGGAGCGAGGCGCGACGAGGAGGGCGAGAUGUACUCGAGCCGCGAAGCGCGGCAGCAGGUUUUUAGCCGACGUUUCCUCGAUCCGAUGAUGAAAGGCCUCGACAAGGCGAAGAAGGAGGGUGGGGCGACGGGUAGAGCGGCCUCUACGCUGGAGCAGACUCUGCUGGAUGGCAUGCAGGACUUUGAGCCUUCGACGGCUAUGGACACGCAAGAUCUGUUGGACCUUUGGUGA